GACAUUUCUACUAUUCAACCAUGUCUGAUUCAACCAAACCAGCGCCUAAAAAGGGCUCCAAGAAAGCCGUGAGCAAGACCGCCGGCAAGGGUGGUAAGAAACGUAGGAGGACAAGGAAAGAGAGCUAUGCCAUCUACGUGUACAAGGUCCUGAAGCAGGUUCACCCCGACACUGGCAUUUCUUCCAAGGCCAUGGGCAUCAUGAACUCCUUCGUCAACGAUAUCUUCGAGCGUAUCGCUGGUGAGGCUUCCCGCCUUGCGCACUACAACAAGCGCUCCACCAUUUCCUCCAGGGAGAUUCAGACCGCAGUGCGUCUGUUGCUGCCCGGUGAGCUCGCCAAGCACGCAGUGUCUGAGGGAACCAAGGCCGUUACCAAGUACACCAGCGCCAAGUAAAGUGUUCGCCAACCUUUUCAUAACCCAAAGGCUCUUUUAAGAGCCACCCAAAAUUUCAUCCAAAAGCUAUUCCAUCUCUUGUUGAUAAUUUACAGGCUCGUCUUAAAAUUACAUUAAACUAUCAUGUAAGGCCGCACUACCAGAUGGACUGUGCUAGUAAAGUUUAUCACGUGUGCCUAGCAAAUGUGCUACAUAUUCCAGUAGGUACAGUGGAAUAACUCCUGUACCAUUGUCAAUUGUGUUAAGCUUUGAAUUGCAGCGUUGUGUUAAAACAACACGCACAACUUUCAAUGUAGUGGAAUUCUGUAGCAGCUGAUACACUUAUCAAGCUGAUAAACUUGAUAUCAAGUUAAACCAUGCUGUUUCCUUACAGCACUAGUAUUUACAUUAACUUGGAAUUCUGAGGCAGCUGGCAACUUGAUAUUCUUACAGUGUAGGCCUACAGUGCAUUCCCCGGCGGUAGGAGCUUCCCAAUAUGCAACCAGGAGGCAGCUACCUCCUACUUG